AUGCGUGCUUUAAUAUUAUUAGUGCUGCUCCCUGCCGGAUAUUGCUAUGUAGCUCCAUCUCUAGUUUUUUCAAUCGCGAGUAUAAAACAUCUAAAUUCGGUGAUUUUGUUUCACUGCGAUACAUUCAAUUUGCUCCCCACUCUCAAUGAGCUAACUACCCAUUUUGAGGGCUCAGUGCUAAGUUUGGACAUUAGUGAGCCAUUUUUCUACGAGAACCAUGCGCGUCUCAUGAACUCUGGAUUUUCGCGUUCCGCAUUUGUAGCUGAUUUUGGCUGUUCCCAAAUCAAAGAUUUUCUGAAUUUUUGUUCCGAUCAUUCAUAUUUUAACGCGUCAUAUCGUUGGCUUAUUUUUGAUGUGCUGGAUUUAGAUGAUGCGUUAUGUAUGGCAUCGGAUCUGAACAUAAAUGCUGACACUCGAAUCACAUUUGCUGUUUUGGGGGAUGGUUCUCAGAAUGAACCGGGAUACGAGCUUUUCGAGAUCUACGGAACAAUUCAUCGUCGGGGAGGGAGACUUCAUUGGAAGUAUGUGGCUAGCUGGAACUCCUCAAUCGGAUUAAUUUUUAGCGGAACUACCGAUCAGUAUAAUGUGCGGAAAAAUUUAGAAGGCGUGAAACUUUUGGCGGUGACUAUGACAUUGCAGGAACAUUUGAAUCAAACUUUGGAGGAAUACCUAAGUUGGGUUGGUGCGCCUCAUAAAUACAUUUCAAACCGUUAUGGAUACCGAAUAAGCAAUCUGUUAGCGAGUCAUCUUAACUUUUCGAUUAAAUUCAUCGUCGGCAAAAACUGGGGCUUCGAAACAAUUGGAACCAAUUCUACCAGCGGCGUUAUUGGACAGUUACAGCACAAUUUGGUAGAUUUCUCAGGAACCCCACUGGGGUUGGGUUCGGAACGGAUGGGCUGUUAUGAUCAAUCGAUCGAGAUAAGUGUCGGCAGAAUUUUGACGAUUUUUCGACAUCCAGUGAUCGGCAAACGGAGAAACAUAUUCCUGCAACCAUUCGAGAAUAGCUUGUGGAUCGCGGUUGGGGUUGUUAGCUUGCUAUCGUGUUUAAUCCUUUUUGCUGCGUUCUACACUGAAAAAAGAACUAGCGCGAUCAGCAACUGUCAAUAUUUGCUGGCAACACUGGGAUUCCUGUUCCAGCAAGGCUAUGAUGGAGCCACCUCGAUAAGCUCCUCCAGGAUAAUUGUGCUGGUUUGCGUUGUAUUUUCGGUGAUGCUGUUUCAGUUCUAUUCAACCUUCAUUAUCAGCUAUCUGCUGAUAACUCCACCCAAAACGAUAAAAUCAUUGGAACAACUGCUGGAAAGCGAUUUGAAGUACUCGAUCGAAGAUUUCGUCUACAACAAGUUCUAUUUCAAUGUGAGUAAUGGCUUAGAAUUCCCAAAAUUUGACAAGUUGAAUACCAAAUUUUAUUACAGAGAACCAAAGACAACACAAUCCAGGAACUCUAUCAUCGAAAAGUUCUACCCAAUGAACAAACUGAAUGAACGCGAAAUAUGUGAACUUCAGGAGAUCAAACUUUUCCCGUUCCGUCCGCUGCAUAUAGUUAUGCCCAAGGGUAGUCCGUUGAAGCAGUUGAUACGAGUUUCGUUGGGUCGGCUUAUUGAAACCGGCAUCAUUCAGUACCACCGGAAGCGAUACUAUAUGGAAACUCCUAGAUGUACUACAAAUAGUCUGGCAACGGCUGAAGUUAGCUUCGGUGACAUUUAUAGCUUGUUUGUGAUGUUGGCCAUUUCAGGAGCUGCUUGCGUGGGAAUUUUGUUGGCUGAACUGUUUGAAUAUCGGAUGAGGCUGUUUUCUCCUUAUAAUAAUGCCAUUUACGGAAUAAAACGUCAAUAUUUAAACCAACUGCACCGGAUGACGAUGUACUCGGCCAAGUUGUCGUUAGGAAUCUAUGGCUUUUGGCUGGUUUGCAACGGAUUGGCCGUUCCAAAUGUUAACCUUUUGGGAGAUUACCUGAGAUGGAAACAUUUGAGUUUGAUUAAUGUUUUCCAUUGCUUGGAACAGAGAGAUGGUAAGAUUUGUAUUUUUAAGGAUUUUGUUGUUGUGAGUUUUCAAGCAAAUAAUGAAUUUGGUUUAGAUGUGCUAACGCUUGCUAGAAAUUUGGAAAAUUUGUUCAAACGACAGGUUCACUACCACGACAUUUCCAGUUUUAAUGGCUCCAGCUGGAACCAUUUACAUACAAUGCGGCACGAUUACAUUAAUGUGGGAUCAACGGUUGAUCUGAGUUGUCCGAAAGUUGGAACAUUUUUCGAUGUCAUCUCGGAAAUGGAAUAUUUCAAUGCAUCUCACAGUUGGCUGAUGUUUGGGGAGGGCUCUCUGGAGCCACUCUUCUGUUUGCUCGAAAAGCAGAAUCUGAAUGUGGAUGCCAAAGUAACUUUGGUGGUACCGGAUGAGGUGGAUCGAAAGCUAUACAAAGUUUACGAUGUUUAUAGUGUGAUGAGGAAGCGUGGGACCAAACUGAAUGUAACACUGAUGGGUUCCUGGAAACUGGAAGAUGGGCUUCGAAUUGUUGUGAAUGAAACUGAGUAUGAACGGCGAGUUAACUUCGGGGGGCUCUGGUUGAAAGGUGUGGUAUCGGACCUCCAUCAAGCUAACCACACAAGUUUAGUGGACCAUUUGCUGAGUCGAGACACAGUCACUGGUUAUGCGCUUCAUCGCUACGGAUACAUCAUGUGGCAAUUUGCGAUGAAGAAACACAACUUUACAUUGAAGUUAAUCCGAACCCCAUCGUGGGGUAUGACGAAUACGGAUGGACAUUCUCACGAAGGAAUGAUUGGGCAGCUGGCAGCGCACGAAGUCGAUGUUUGCGUCAAUGCUUUGGCGUACAAAAAGGAACGGAUUGAGACGUUUGAUUACACCGUCACCGUUGGUAUGUCAAAGCGCCUAUUCGUGUUCCGACAUCCACGGUUCGGCCAGAGUCGAAAUGUGUUUCUGCAACCAUUCCGGGUGGAGCUUUGGAUGGCCCUCACGGCACUGAGCCUGCUUUCGGCCGCCCUCCUGUACGGAACUUGCUAUGCCGAAUCCCUACAGGCACCCCACGACAAGGAAAUUCGCGACAAUCGUUCACAAUCGUUGCUCAACGUUUUGGGCAUUUUAUGUCAACAAGGAUUUCUGACAAGAACAUUGUUCAACUCUACUCGAAUCAACCUGUUCAGUAUGCUGCUGUUUUCGUUUUUGAUUUAUCAAUUUUACUCAACAUACAUCGUCGGAUACCUACUGAUAAUUCCGCCGAAAUUCAUGACCAUGUUGGAACAUCUUCUUCAAAGUAAUUUGAAAAUUCUGAUUGAGGACAUCGCCUACAAUAUUGACUAUCUCAAUAGGACAACUGAUCCCGUCGCUGUAGAACUCUACCAGAAGAAGAUAUUGAACGGAGAACGUAACUUCCUGAACGUGACGGAAGGAAUCGAGCGUAUCAAAGAGGGCGGAAGUGCGUUCCUGUUUGACACCGCCUACGGAUAUCCGCUGAUUUCACAGACAUUUACCGAUCACGAAAUAUGUGACCUGCAGGAGAUCUAUCUGUACCCAAUUCGGCCGGUUCAUCUGCCACUGGUAAAGGGUAGCCCCUUUAAGGAAAUGUUUCGGAUAACAAUGCGCAAGGUGGUCGAAACUUCCGUGGCUCAGUAUCAGCAGAAGUUUUUCUUCACCGAACGGCCCAAGUGCUCCCGUAGUGAUUUGGAAACGACGCCGGUCAUUCUGGAACACGUGGCAUCGCUUUUUUUGACGUUACUUUAUAGCAUUUUGGCCAGCGGGGCUAUUCUGAUGGCUGAAAUGGGAUUAAGGUUGGUAAAGAAGCGUUUCAAGGAGAUAUCUGUCAAAGUUGACUAAAUGUGUAUAAUUAACGAAACUUAGUUUGAUCUCAUGAAUAAAAUAAAUGUACAUUUUUUCCUCAAUGAUGAAAGAAAAAAAAGUUGAAGAGGUUGUGCAACACACGACCGUGAAGUUGUCGUAGAAUUACGACAAGAAAAGUUAAAAUCGUUAAUUUCUGUCAAAUUCUGCCGAUAAAAAAAAUCAUGAAAAUUUAAAAAAAAAUCGAAAACAGUGGUGAAUUAUACAUUCAUGUUUUAUUCAUCUUUCAA